AUGGAUAAGCAAAAGAACGUAGGAGUUCAGGAGUACCCUGAAUUCUUUGAUGUGUUCCUCCCUAAAUUCAACUCCGAAAGGAUGCGUAUCCCAAAUGAUUUUGUCCAAUCUUUACGUGGGAGGAUGUUAGAGAAAGCCCUCCUCAAGAGUCCUAGGGGCAUGGUGUGGCAUGUCAAGAUCCGUGACAUUAGCGGUGGCAUGUAUUUUUACCAUGGUUGGAAGCAGUUCAUUCAGGACAAUUCAUCGGAGGUUGGAAGCUUCAUCGUCUUCCAAUUUGAUGGAAGUAAUACAUUCAAGUUCAAAAUAUACAAAACAAAUCGCCUUGAAAUGAUUGAGACAUAUGCAGAGGAAGAAGAUGGAGAAAAUGAUUCUGCAAAGGAGGCAGAGGAGGAGGAAUAUGAUGACGAGGGUGCAUAUGUGAAAAAAGAGAAGGAUGAACAAGUCAACAACAGAAAUAGGAGGAGGGAACGCUUCAGUCUAAUUAGUGUCAGCCACAGGGGCUCUUCUUCUAAGGCUAACCAAAUUAGCCUCGAGGAAUAUGGUAUUGAUGCAGAGUUAUAAAUCCAGCCAGACAAUCCCUUCUUCGGAACAAAACUAGGAGGAAAUAGGAGCAACGAGCUGGUCAGAAUUUAAUAAUCUUAUAUUCUUUCUUCUAGUUCUAUCUUCUCACCAUCUUUCACUAUAUUUGCUCACUUUUGAGUUCACAGUAUAUUCCCAAUCGUAUCAUACCAGACUUCUCCCUCAGAUUACAAGAUUAGCAACGAAUAAUCCUUCGAAGAUGUUGCAAGGUGAAAUUUUGUGAUCUUUUCCCUUACAUUUCACACUUGCCCACAUGAAAUUUCAUAGCUUUUAAUAAUGAAGUUUCUGAGCUUUUUGCUAUUGAAGCGUCUUCCGAGAGAUGGAUUGCAAGAGAAGCGUCAUUAUCAGAGGUUGGUAGCAGAACAAGGAGGCGUUCAGAGCCAACAAAGAAGCACAUGUGAAGGGAAAGUAAUCAAAUGGAAAGAUGGUAGAUCCUGUCUCAGAAAAUGGUCUUAAUUUUGUAGACGCAACGGGAUCACCAAAAAUGAUAUUUGCCUGUGUGAAUUUCUGAUGGAAGACGACGCACAAACAAAAACGUUACUGGUUCAUAUCGUUGGGAUUCAGACCUAAAUUACUCCAAGCCUGUGUUGGGAAUCUGAUACAAGUCUCUGUUUUGCUUGAAGAGUUUAGCUUGAGAAAUGAACAAAGCGAGAAGCUAAAUUUAUCGGUUUCAUAUAAUACAUGUAGUUAUAUACUUCUGACUUCGAUUAAGCUCAAUGGUGUCCAGAUUCUGCUUGAAGACCUGCUAGGAGUUAUCGUGUUCUCUGUUUUGUCGUUUAUGUCCGUUGUGUUCAUUGUGUCUGUCUUUACUGUUUAUUUCCUUUUUGGGGCUCGGUUGUUUUUUGUUUACAGUCUUGCAUUGUAACUCUGUUGUGUUUUUUUGGGGCUGUGUCUGUUUAUGCCCUAGGGAAUCAAUUAAUGAUUUCCCGGGCCCUUAUAUGUUAUAAUUUUUAUUUUUAA